UCCAUAAAAAGUUUGGCGUUUGUUUACGUUUUCAAACAAAUUUGCUUCAAAACAUUCGUUUUUUUGAAAUUAGUUCGAGUACCGCGAAUUAUUAAAUAAUUAGCAUCUUUCAUUCGUUAAAACAUGUAUAAAAGAAGUUACAAAAGGAAAUCAAAAACAAGCGAAAGCGCCGACGAAGGAGCGAAGACGCCUAAACCAGACAAUGAAUUGGAAGUCACUGGAGUCAGUAGAUCUGGAAGAGUACGAAAAAAGUCGUCAAAACUUAUCGAUUAUGAAUCAGGGGCUGAAGAAGAUAAGCCAAGGCGAAAGGCUGACACAAGUAAUGUUCAACGCACGCCUAAUUUCAAGAGACAACCCGAACAAAAACAAGAUUCUGGUUUAGAUUACGGCGAUAACGAAACGAGCAAUGAUAAUCAAAAUUUAUCUGAAUCUGAAAACGAAGGAAAUUUUUAUCCAACCGCCGAAGCCGAAACCUACGAGGAUUCAACAGCUGAGUCAUCAGGAAGCGAACUGGAUGAUGACAUGAUAGAUGAUAAGAUGACCAUUGACACAGAGCCAUCUAACGCGUCUACGGAGAUUUCAUAUUCUCGUGCAGCUUCAUCAGGAGCUCCUAGUGUACCACAGAAAUCUCUCUACAUGUUGGAAAAAUUCGCUAAGAAGAAGAAAAAUGGGCGAAGUACCAAGGCUGGACGUAAAGAUAAGGGGAAAGCUCGAUUUUCCGCAUACAUGUUAUGGGCAAGAGAAGUAAGACCAGACUUGAUGAGGUCUCAUCCAAAUAUAGAUUUCUCUCAACUUAGCACUAGAUUGAGUGAUCUUUGGGCUACGGUACCAUAUACAGAUAAAUACAUGUGGAAACAAAAAGCCAAACGAAUGGCCAUGAUGGCAAAGGAAUCCGAUAAUAAAGAAGACAUGAAUGCUCAGAAAUUACAAAUCAAAAGCACGUUGCGAAAAAAAUUCAUCAACAAAAAAUCCCCUCCUUCUACUGGUAAAAUAUCUAUUCAAGAUAAAAAAUCGAUGUCAUCUUUAAUUGAAGUAAACACAGCACCAACGCCUCAAAGACCGACUUCUUCGAUUGAUGUGAAACCUGUCACCCAUGAGCUUCCAGUGCCAGUCACGAAAAAUGUUAGCACUCAACCCCUCGAUGUAGCAGCUCAUUUAAAAUUACUCGGAGAGUCAUUAAGCAUUAUUGGUCAACGAUUAAAAGAGCAUGAGGGUCAAAUCGCUGUCUCUGGAAGUCUCUCAGUGCUUUUGGAUACGUUAUUAUGUUCUUUAGGACCAUUACUGUGUCUUACCCAGCAAGUAGAAGAAAUGAACGGAUGUUCGAAAGAAAUCCUUAGUAGUAUUCUUGAUAAUAUCGCCUACAUUAUGCCUGGCUUAUAGGAUACUUAUCAUUUUUAAAAAUUGUCGUGUUUUUGUUCAUCUGUUCUGUUUGUAAAUCCCUGUUGUAUAGAAAUUUUUAAUUAAUAAAUAAUUUUUGAGUUUUUCA